UUGACAGCCUUGUUUGUAUUGCAUGCUGCAUACCGAAAAUAUUUUAUUACAAAAUAAAUAAAUAUGGCAGGUGUGCAAAGGCAUUUAUUUUCAACAUUAAUUGGUAAAAAUAAUAUAAAAUAUCAGUUGGAAAACAUUAUAAAGUUACGUGACUUCACACCCGCCUGCCUCACGCUUACGCGAUACUCCAGUUUUCAGAGUUCACCCAAAGUGCGACCACUUGAAGAAUAUCCAAAUGUCGAAGUUGUACACAAUCCUCCUGAAUGGAAAUAUGUUGAACGCGUUUUGCCACAAAUAAUUGUACCAAAGCCGGAGGUGAAAAAAGAAUACCCUUCUGGAUGGAAAUUACCGACCGCGCUUAAUAACCCAGACAAGUUGAAAUAUUAUGUAGCACGCACAGCAAAUCAUAUGAUUCCAGUUUAUUUGAAAAGAUAUUACCGUGGGCAACGUCGUAUUACUGCGAUACGUCGGAUACAAGGUGAUAUAUGGGCACUGGAGAAAGACUUACGUGCGGUUGUGGAAAAAUCGCGGGAUGGUAAGACUUGUGCAAGUCGUGUGAAUGAAAUGAGUCGUCAAAUAUAUUUCCAUGGAGAUUACGUUGAUGUGGUACGCGAGUUUCUUAAAGAUAACGGCUACUAAUUAUUAGAUUAUCGGUUUAAAGUAAUUAUGAAAAUUUUACAAUAGAUUCUUUUAAAUAAAAGUUUGGAAAACA